UUUCGCUUCUCCACCUUCUUCCUCCACCUGCUCCAGUCCAUCUUUCAUCCAUCGUUCAUCUUUCAUCUUUCAUCCAUCCAUCCACUUUCAUCUCCACCCCUCUUCUUCCGCCUCCGACUCUCCAUUCUCCUCGCCUUCACCUCACCCUCACCUUCACCCAUGUUCAUCUACAACGUCCACGCGCCGUCCAAGACGUUCGCGCUGGCCGCGAAGGAGAACGAGGAUUGUGCUGCGCUCAUCGAGCGCAUCGUGGCCAAGGCGCGGUUGUCGGCACGUGAUGCGGAGGCGGUGCGGCGCCGCGAGGAGGGCGCGGGGGUUGUCUACGAGUUCGAGGGCGACCGGUGGGCGCUGGAGGAUGACGACGACCUCGCCAUCGUAACCGCGCGUUUCCGCUCUGACGCCGAAAACAACCCUACUCCGAGCAUCACGUUGCAUGUCGUACAGCCCUCUUCUCCCGACCCCAUGACUUCGAACGGUCUGGUCCCGCCGCCCGCGUACCGCACCCCGAACAGGGUCAAGGCCGGAGGGCAGGACCGCCGAACCUCACACGCCGGGUCCGUUGCUGGAUCUGUGGCGCGCUCUCAGUCCGCUCGGCAAUUGGCAAAUGAUGGUGUGGUGGCAACGACGACUUUGUGUAUUCCAAACGCAGAGAAGAACCGCUCACGCACUCCCGGCGCCCGCAGCGUGCGCUCCAUGCGCUCCACCACUUCUCGGCGGUCAAAGUGGGGGGAUGACAACGCAGAGCCACUGGGCGACGUCAAGCGACGCCAGUUUGAGGAAUUCCACGCCAACAAUGGGGUGCGCACCGUUGUGGGCAAGGUCGGCAAUGUAGACAACGUCCGCAUGCUCCUGAAGGCGGGGUACCGCAACAUCUACCUCUCACGCGCGUUCGCCGUCCGCCACGGCCUGUUGUCCAAGAAGCACGGCCCAGGUAUGGGCGGAUACACGGGGCUCAAGAUCCUCGGCAAUGUGCCCAUCACAGUCGGGAGCCGGACGGCAGUCCACAACGUCAUGCUGAGCGAGGAGCAGCACUUUGACGUCGUGCUGGGCCGGCAGUGGGUCGAGAAGAUGGUCAUCAAGGUCGACCCGCUGGAUCCUACGCUGCUCACGUACAUGGACACGGGGGAGACGAUUCCGUGCGACCUGGUCGUGCUGCGCGAUGCGCACGGCGAGAUUAUCACCAUCACAUAAGGUGUUGCGGCUGGAUCGUAAUGCGUGCGUGUGCGUGUGCGCAUGCGUGUGUGCGUGUGUGCGUGUGAGCGUUUAGCGUAGGAGCAUACAUAAUUGUACUGGCGAUGCAGUUGUACGAGGC